AAAACCUGUCUAGGGUUUAGCAAAAUUCUCCUUCAUUUUUCUUCCUUCUUUCCUCCCUCAAUGUUUUAAAACUUCACUUUUUCGAGGGGGACCGACUCUCUCCAAAUGAAGCAGAUUCGCUUGAUUAAAAUCCUUUUCAUUAGAAUGAUCAAUAUAGUUCGAGAUACACCAAAAUUCAUCCUUCUAGCAACAUCAUCCAUCCUAGUUCUUUUCACUAUAAUUCCUCUUUACUAUCCUAAUCUAAUCUCUUAUUCUUCUUCCUGGAGCGAUUUGAAAUUGGGAUGCGAUAUUUUCCGAGGAGAAUGGAUUUGGAAUCCAGAAGCAACAUAUUACACAAACGUAACUUGUAAUUAUAUCCAUGACCAUCAGAAUUGUAUGAAGUAUGGCCGACCUGAUACUGAUUUCUUGAAAUGGAGGUGGAAGCCAAAUGAUUGUGAAUUACCUAUCUUUAAUCCAGUUCAGUUUCUGGAGCUUCUUAGAGGGAAAUCGAUGGCAUUUGUUGGAGAUUCUGUUGGAAGAAAUCAAAUGCAGUCGUUGAUGUGCCUCCUCUCUAAGAGGUCUUCGGCGCAUGUCGCGGCCUGAGCUUGAAUACGAAGGGUUGUCCUUGCU